AUGGGGGAGGGGAAAUGGCACCCUGGGCAAAAUGGUGCCCUGGCCCUACUCCCCCAUGGGCCCCCUCUCCCUACGGAGCCCCCCCCGGAGCCCCCCUGCAGAACCCCCCACACACAGAGCUCCGGCUACCGGGACCUGGCUGGUGCGGUGGGGGAAGGGUGUGCGGGCACCCUCUGUGAAGCCCCUCCCCCUUGCAGAGCCCUCCCCCCACCCACUUACUUUAUUUUAGCUGGUAGCCGGCUGAAGAAACAGCCUGUUCAGGCCACUGGGGCCUGGCUGCUGGCCCCCUGGCCCCCUGCUGCCUGGCCUGCACUUGGACAACCUCAUAGCUCCUGGGCAGUGGCUACCUCUGGGAGUGGCCCGAUGGAGCUGUGUGGCACCUGCACGCUGGCAUCUCUGCGCUUCUGCCAGCUCGCUUCCCACACAGUCCUGCUCUGUGCUCUUGUCAUCUUGGAAAGCUGUGGUUUCUCACUGCUUUUGGCGGACACUUUCGCCAUUGGAGCGACUGCCAGGGAAUUCUUCAGCAUCUGCAUGAAAUCCCUUCGAAUGCAGAGGAUUCUGGGGCAUGCUAUAAUGGUACCUGGGAGACAGAACAGCUUGCUUCUCCAGCCUCUGCUCUCAGACACAGAAUAUAAAGUUACAGUCACGCCCAUCUAUUCCGAUGGGGAAGGUGUUAGUUUGUCAGUCCCAGGAAAAACCUUGCCACUGUCCGCUCCAAGAAAUCUGAGGGUCUCUGAGGAAUGGUAUAACAGAUUGCGCAUUAGCUGGGAUGCCCCUCCGUCACCCACCAUGGGAUACAGAAUUGUAUAUAAACCUGUGAACAUCCCUGGGCCAGCCCUGGAGACCUUUGUGGGUGAUGAUAUCAACACCAUUCUUAUUUUGAAUCUAUUCAGUGGAACUGAAUACAACAUUAAAGUAUUUGCUUCAUACUCAACGGGAUUCAGUGACGCUUUGGCAGGGGUAGCCAAAACAUUGUACUUGGGAGUGACGAAUUUGGGUGCCUAUCAGGUCCGUAUGAUGAGCAUAUGCGUUCACUGGCAGCUUCAAAGGCAUGCAACUGUUUACAGGGUAGUGACAGAAUCUCUUUUUGAUGGGACAAAGAGGGAAGUACUACUGGGUGGCGGAACUCCAAGGCAUUGCUUCUUUGAGCUUGUUCCUGGUACCGAGUAUAAAGUCAGUGUUUAUACACAGCUGCAAGAAAUAGAGGGCCCUCCUGUUAGCAUCAUGGAGACAACGUUACCCUUCCCUACUCAACCACCACCAACUCCUUCAACUACUACCCCACAGCCUACAAUUCCUCCUGCAAAGGAAGUUUGCAAAGCUGCGAAGGCUGACCUGGUGUUUUUGGUCGAUGGUUCAUGGAGUAUCGGAGAUGACAAUUUCAACAAGAUAAUUGCCUUUCUGUAUAGUACGGUGGGCGCUCUUGACAAAAUUGGACCUGAUGGCACACAGGUAGCAAUUGCUCAGUUCAGUGAUGAUCCCCGGACGGAAUUUAAGCUCAACGCCUACAGAAGUAAGGAAACUCUCCUGGAGGCCAUCCAGCAGAUAGCCUACAAAGGAGGAAACACCAAAACAGGCAAGGCAAUUAAACACGCUCAGCAAGCCUUAUUCACCAUUGAAUCGGGUACUAGAAAAGGAAUCCCAAAGGUUUUGGUUGUGAUCACAGAUGGGCGGUCACAGGACGAUGUGAACAAAAUCUCCAGAGAGAUGCAACUAGAUGGCUACAGUAUCUUUGCCAUUGGAGUGGCAGAUGCUGACUAUUCAGAACUGGUAAACAUUGGCAGCAAGCCCAGUGACAGGCAUGUUUUCUUUGUGGAUGACUUCGAUGCCUUCAAGAAGAUCGAAGAUGAACUCAUCACUUUUGUUUGUGAGACAGCAUCAGCAACUUGUCCACUGGUUUAUAAAGAUGGCAACAGUCUUGCAGGAUUUAAAAUGAUGGAGAUGUUUGGUUUGGUCGAAAAGGAGUUUGCAGCUGUGGAAGGGGUGUCCAUGGAGCCUGGAACAUUUAAUGCAUACUCUUGUUACAGCCUACAUAAAGAUGCCUUGGUCUCCCAGCCAACCAAAUACCUGCACCCUGAGGGGCUUCCUUCAGACUACACCGUUACCUUCCUUUUCCGUAUAUUGCCUGAAACACCCCAAGAGCCAUUUGCUCUUUGGGAGAUUUUAAAUGAAGAAUACGAGCCAUUGGUUGGAGUGAUUUUAGACAAUAGUGGAAAGACCCUGACUUUCUUCAAUUAUGACUACAAAGGUGAAUUCCAGACUGUUACUUUUGAAGGACCUGAUAUAAAGAAAAUAUUUUAUGGAAGUUUCCAUAAGGUGCAUGUCAUUAUCAGCAAAACGGCAGCUAAAUUAGUGAUCGACUGCAAACAGGUGGGCGAGAAGGCCAUCAGUGCAGCGGGCAAUAUUACCUCUCAGGGGAUCGAAGUGUUGGGAAGGAUGGUCCGGUCCAGAGGACCGAGGGACAAUUCUGCACCGUUCCAGUUGCAAAUGUUUGAUAUCGUUUGUACAACUUCGUGGGCUAACAGAGAUAAAUGCUGUGAACUUCCUGGAUUGAGAGAUGAAGAAAGUUGCCCUUCUCUUCCUCAUGCUUGUUCCUGUUCUGAAGUCAGCAAAGGUCCUCAGGGACCACCUGGGCCACCGGGUGGACCAGGCCUGAGAGGUCCAAAGGGUAACCGUGGUGAAUAUGGUCCAACUGGACCGGAUGGACCACGUGGUGAAAUUGGAGCUCCUGGUCCUCAAGGACCUCCAUUACAGGGGCCAAGUGGACUUUCUAUCCAAGGACUUCCGGGACCAACUGGGGAAAAAGGAGAAAAGGGAGAAGAUGGUCGUCCUGGUAUACAGGGUGUCAUGGGACCAUCGGGAUCCCCAGGACGAGAUGGAAACCAGGGCUCACAAAGUGGCCUACCUGGGAAAGAUGGGCCCACUGGGCCACAAGGACCGCCAGGACCUGCGGGGAUCCCUGGUGCUCCAGGUGUGCCAGGAGUUAUGGGGAAUGCUGGAAAACAAGGAGACCUUGGGCCCCCUGGGCUUCCUGGACCAAAAGGAGAGAGGGGAGAACGUGGAGAUCUUCAGUCCCAAGCUAUGGUGCGGGCAGUAGCUCGUCAAGUGUGUGAACAGCUGAUCCAGGGACACCUGGCCAGAUACAACUCGAUCUUAAAUCAGAUUCCAAGCCAAUCGGUGUCAACAAGAACUAUCCCCGGACCUCCUGGUGAACCUGGCCGGCAAGGGCUACCCGGGCCCCAAGGAGAACAGGGAUCACCAGGAAGGCCAGGAUUUCCUGGCAGUUCUGGCCAGCCUGGAAGACCUGGUGAAAGAGGUUUACCAGGAGAAAAAGGAGAGAGAGGUAGCCCUGGCGUUGGAACACAAGGACCCCGAGGUCCCCCAGGUCUUGCAGGACCUCCAGGUGAGAGUCGAACAGGUAGCCCAGGUCCUCCUGGCCCUCCAGGCCCAAGAGGCGCAACUGGUCACACGGGUCCUCCUGGGGCACAGGGCAUAUCAGGGCAACCUGGGUACUGUGACCCCUCUUCCUGUGCUGGUUAUGGAAACGGAGGUGGAUACGGGGAUCCAACUGAUGAAGACAUCCCCGUCGUGCCGUUGCCGCAUAACUCCUACCAGAUGUAUGACCCCGAGGACCUUUAUGAUGGGGAACAGCAGCCCUAUCUAGUUCACGGGCCCUACCCUCACCCCCAGUCCUCCUACCCAUCGCCUUAUAUUGCUCAGCCAGAGUUCACGCCUGUUCGGGACGAAACUGAGGCUGUCGAAUUGAGAUCUCCCGGAAUUAGCCGCUUUACAAGCAGACGCUCCAAAAGAAGCAUCGGCAUUCCGAGCCGCAAAUCAGCGAUUAAGAAAACCUCUUCAUGAACUGUAUAUUUUAUGUUUGUGUACAUUGCGUAUUAUUUUUGGGCAUUGGUCCAGUUGUCCUAAAGGAUGUCACGGAAAUUGUUUACAGGCUCAUAUGUUAAAGGGAAAAAAAUUAUACUGUAUAUGACCACUGGCAGAACAAGAAAAAUGCUGAUUAUAUUGCAUGCCAGAAAUUAUUAGCAUUAAAGAGGUUUGUUACCAGAUGAACCCUCAAAGAAACCCUUUUCUAGUUCCUUACAGUUGCCAGGUGACUGCUUCAGUUCACAUUUCAAAACACUGCAUAAUUAGCUGUGUAUUUGAAUUAAUCAAGAAGUACAGUAACAUCUUGCUUUUUUUGGAUGUCUCUGUUCAAAUAUUGAUUGUGUAUAACCCUACUAAAGCCAGUUGUAUUGGUUGAUUUUAAAAACAUUUUUUGAAGAAGAUUUAUAUGGUGGGAUUGUCUUCCCAAAGUAUUCCUAUAAAUAUCUUUUAGAAACACAUCAGUAAUUUAUUGUGGGUCUAUUACUACUCUGUUUUAUAUAUGAAUAAACAUGGCAAACUUUUAUAAAUUAA